ACUGGUCCAAGCGAUUUUCAGUGGCGAUCCAGAAGAGAUACGGAUGUUGAUCUACAAAACUGAGGAUGUCAACGCCUUGGAUGCUGAGAAACGAACUCCUCUUCACGUUGCAUCAUUCCUGGGGGAUGCAGACAUCAUCGAGCUUCUCAUUUUGUCAGGCGCUCGUGUUAAUGCCAAGGACAAUAUGUGGCUGACUCCUCUCCACCGAGCAGUUGCUUCAAGAAGUGAAGAAGCAGUGCAAGUAUUGAUUAAGCACUCGGCUGAUGUCAAUGCUCGGGACAAGAACUGGCAGACCCCAUUGCACGUGGCGGCUGCAAACAAGGCAGUGAAGUGUGCGGAAGUCAUCAUCCCCAUGCUGAGCAGUGUCAACGUCUCUGACCGAGGCGGGCGGACAGCAUUGCACCACGCAGCACUGAAUGGCCACAUUGAGAUGGUGAACCUGCUCUUAGCCAAGGGGGCAAACAUCAAUGCUUUUGACAAAAAGGACAGAAGAGCUCUUCACUGGGCAGCGUACAUGGGUCACCUGGAAGUUGUUGCCUUACUGAUUAAUCAUGGUGCAGAAGUGACUUGUAAAGACAAGAAGGGUUACACCCCACUUCAUGCAGCUGCAUCCAAUGGGCAGAUUAACAUUGUGAAACACCUCCUUAACCUGGGGGUAGAGAUUGAUGAAAUGAACAUCUAUGGAAAUACUGCACUUCACAUUGCCUGUUACAAUGGUCAGGAUUCUGUUGUUAAUGAGCUGAUUGACUAUGGUGCUAAUGUAAAUCAGCCUAAUAAUAAUGGAUUCACUCCCUUGCAUUUUGCUGCUGCUUCCACUCAUGGAGCACUGUGUCUUGAACUACUAGUGAAUAAUGGGGCAGAUGUUAAUAUUCAGAGUAAGGAUGGGAAGAGCCCGCUACACAUGACAGCUGUCCAUGGGAGGUUCACACGGUCGCAGACCCUCAUUCAGAAUGGAGGGGAAAUUGACUGUGUUGAUAAGGAUGGUAACACCCCUCUGCACGUGGCUGCAAGAUACGGACAUGAGCUUUUGAUUAACACCCUCAUAACCAGUGGAGCUGAUACUGCCAAGUGCGGGAUCCACAACAUGUUCCCUUUACACUUAGCAGCGCUGAAUGCUCACUCAGACUGCUGCAGGAAAUUGUUGUCAUCGGGCUUUGAAAUAGACACCCCUGAUAGUUUUGGAAGAACGUGCCUCCAUGCUGCCGCUGCAGGAGGUAAUGUUGAAUGUAUAAAACUCUUGCAAAGCAGUGGAGCAGAUUUUAAUAAGAAGGACAAAUGUGGGAGGACACCUUUGCACUAUGCAGCUGCAAAUUGUCAUUUCCACUGUAUUGAGACACUGGUGACAACAGGAGCCAAUAUUAAUGAAACAGAUGACUGGGGACGCACCCCUUUGCACUAUGCUGCUGCUUCUGACAUGGACCGAAAAAAGAAUAUUUUAGGUAACUCCCAUGAAAAUGCUGAAGAACUUGAAAGAGCCAGUGAGAUGAAGGAAAAAGAAGCUGCGUUGUGUCUAGAGUUCCUUCUACAAAAUGAUGCCAAUCCGUCCAUCCAAGACAAAGAGGGGUACAACACUGUGCAUUAUGCUGCUGCAUAUGGGCACCGGCAGUGUUUGGAACUGCUUCUGGAAAAAACCAACAAUAUGUUUGAGGAAUCUGAUUCUGCAGCUACAAAAAGUCCUUUGCAUUUAGCAGCCUAUAAUGGUCAUCAUCAAGCCUUGGAGGUACUUCUCCAAUCUCUGGUAGAUCUGGAUAUUAAGGAUGAGAAGGGACGCACUGCUUUGGACCUGGCUGCAUUUAAAGGACAUGCAGAGUGUGUGGAAGCUCUCAUCAGCCAGGGUGCUUCUGUUACUGUAAAAGACAAUGUCACAAAAAGGACCCCCCUCCAUGCUUCAGUCAUUAAUGGUCAUACACCUUGUUUACGGCUGUUGCUAGAAGUUGCAGACAACCCUGAUGUGACAGACGCCAAAGGACAAACCCCACUAAUGCUUGCAGUGGCAUAUGGGCACAUUGAUGCUGUUUCUUUAUUACUUGAAAAAGAAGCAUCUGUAGAUGCAGCUGAUCUCCUGGGAUGCACAGCUUUACAUCGAGGGAUUAUGACUGGACAUGAAGAGUGUGUUCAGAUGCUGUUAGAGAAAGAAGUAUCUAUUUUAUGUAAAGACACCAGAGGCAGAACACCUCUGCACUUUGCAGCAGCUCGGGGUCACGCCACUUGGCUGAGUGAAUUACUGCAGAUAGCACUUUCAGAGGAAGACUGCAGUUUGAAAGAUAAUCAAGGUUAUACACCACUGCACUGGGCUUGUUACAAUGGUCAUGAAAACUGCAUAGAGGUACUAUUGGAACAAAAAUUUUUCCGCACAUUCUAUGGUAAUAGCUUCUCUCCAUUGCACUGUGCUGUAAUCAAUGAUCACGAAAACUGUGCAUCACUGCUCAUCGGAGCCAUCGAUGCCAGCAUUGUCAAUUGCAAAGAUGACAAAGGAAGAACACCCCUUCACGCAGCAGCCUUCGCAGAUCACGUGGAGUGCCUCCAGCUCCUCCUGAGUCACAGCGCACAAGUGAAUGCUGCGGAUCACGCAGGGAAAACACCUCUCAUGAUGGCAGCUCAAAAUGGUCACGUAGGUGCUGUAGACUUCUUGGUGAACAUUGCCAAGGCUGACCUGACAUUAAAAGAUAAGGAGUUGAAUACAUCUUUGCACUUGGCUAGCAGUAAAGGUCAUGAAAAAUGUGCCUUGUUAAUACUUGACAAGAUACAAGAACAGAGCCUUAUCAAUGCAAAAAAUAAUGCAUUGCAGACACCUCUCCACAUUGCUGCACGAAACGGCUUAAAGAUGGUGGUUGAAGAGUUGCUAGCCAAAGGGGCAUGUGUCCUAGCAGUAGAUGAAAAUGUUUCUAGGUCAAAUGGACCACGACCCUCGACUGCAACAGAUGUACAAAAGGAAGAAUGAGACUUUGUAAACAAACAAAAAAUUAAACAAAAAGGUAUCAUGAACUAACCAGCUGUACCAAGAGGACCAAAAUGCUUCAGUAAUUAAAUGGAAGACUUUGCUACAUUUAUUUUUUCUUCAAAUGUGAGUGACAUAAUGAAGUAGUUUUUCUAAACCAUAAAAAUAGAAACUUUUGAGGUAUUGAGUAGUCUUGAGUGAAUUUUACAUUUUAUGAUGCAGGUUUCAAGUUGACAUUUGUAACUGAUGAUGUGUUGAUCACAGUUAUUUUUUUUCUCCAGACUAAAGAAUAUGUUCAUAUACUUUUAAUGUAAAUGUGUUUAUAUUUAUUUGAAAUGAAACAAAUGCCCAGGAAAAAUAACUAUGGCUUGCUCUCCUAGUUAGCAUUUGUGCAUACUGUUUGGCAUGAUGCGAAAUGAAAUGUGAAUCUAGGCAAGGCUGAUGACCUGAGUAGAAAAAGGAAGGGCUGAUGCACUUCGGGAGAGUGCCCAUCUUGUAUGGAAUGCAAAGAUUAAGUCCACAGGCUAUAUUGGUAAAAAGCAGAAAGCAAAACACCUUCCCUCAUUUAAGAGCACAAGAAAAGGAUUCAGCCCCUUGCUAGACAAGUGAGAGAACACUGUACAGCUACAGUAAAGAGGGGAAAAGAUAGUGUAGCAUGGAGUCAAGGUGCUAAGGUUCCUGUGAUUCUCGCUCAGGCUGUCUGCAGGCCUCCAUCUGUGCUGGGAGGAUGAGGUGAGCUUCCUUAGUGCACACUUUCAGCAGGGUAAAUGAAAAGUAAGGAAUUUUAUUUUAGUUGCAGUUUUUAGCCAUGUUCCACUGAAUUGUUAAAAAUCUAUUGGCAGAUUCCAGUUCUUUAAUUAGG